GAACCCUUGAGCAAACUCGCCCGGGUCAUAGAAAACCUCUCCUGCUACGCUCGCCUUAAUCCCCCAUCUAACCCCAGAAUUUUCUGCCACACCCAGCCGCCAAACCUUUUCUAGGAUCUCCCGUAAUCCGCCCCGAUCCGAUCGGAGCUCCGCCGCCUGCCAUGGCUGACGAGGCGAAGGCGAAAGGUAAUGCGGCCUUCUCGGCAGGCCGGUUCGAAGAGGCGGCGCAGCACUUCUCCGACGCCAUCGCGCUCGCCCCUGGUAACCACGUCCUCUACUCCAACCGCUCGGCGGCGCUCGCCUCGCUCCACCGCUACUCCGAUGCGCUCGCCGACGCCGAGAAGACCGUCGAGCUCAAGCCCGAUUGGGCCAAGGGCUACUCGCGCCUCGGCGCCGCCCACCUCGGCCUCGGGGAUGCAGCCAGCGCGGUCGCCGCCUACGAGAAGGGCCUCGCUCUCGAUCCGAGCAACGAGGGCCUCAAAGCGGGACUUGCUGAUGCUAAGAAGGCUACAGCUGCCCCGCCGCGCCGUUCACCGUCUGGCGCCGACGCAAUCGGCCAGAUGUUCCAGGGGCCUGAGCUCUGGAGCAAGAUCGCUUCCGACCCCGCUACGCGCGCCUAUCUCGAGCAGCCGGAUUUCAUGCAGAUGCUGCGGGAAGUGCAGCGGAACCCAAGCAGCCUCAACAUGUACCUCUCGGACCCCCGCAUGAUGCAGGUUCUCAGUCUUAUGCUUAAUAUCAAGAUCCAGAGACCCGAGGACUCCGAACUGCCUGAGGCUUCCUCGCCGUCAUCGCCACCGCAGCGGCAGCAGGAACAGCCCAAGCCGAAGGCGAGGGAGGUGGAGCCAGAGCCGGAGCCGAUGGAGGUGAAUGACGAGGAGAAGGAGCGGAAGGAGAGGAAAGCAGCUGCUCAGAAGGAGAAGGAGGCAGGGAACGCAUCUUACAAGAAGAAGGACUUCGAAACGGCAAUCCAGCAUUACACAAAAGCAAUGGAGCUUGAUGACGAGGACAUCUCCUACCUCACUAACCGAGCAGCGGUGUACAUCGAAAUGGGAAAGUACGAUGAGUGCAUCAAGGACUGUGAUAAGGCUGUGGAGAGGGGAAGGGAACUUCGCGCUGAUUUCAAGAUGGUUGCAAGGGCACUGACAAGAAAAGGAACUGCUCUGGCCAAACUUGCUAAAACUUCAAAAGACUAUGAUCUUGCAAUUGAGACUUUCCAGAAGGCUCUAACUGAGCAUCGGAAUCCAGACACUCUAAAAAGACUAAAUGAGGCUGAAAAGGCAAAGAAAGACUUGGAGCAACAAGAGUAUUAUGAUCCAAAGCUAGCAGAUGAGGAGAGAGAGAAAGGUAAUGAGUUUUUCAAGCAGCAAAAGUAUCCAGAAGCAAUCAAGCAUUACAAUGAGGCUCUCAGGAGGAACCCAAAUGAUGUUAAAGUAUACAGCAAUAGGGCUGCAUGCUACACCAAGUUGGGAGCCAUGCCUGAAGGUCUUAAAGAUGCAGAGAAGUGCAUUGAGCUAGACCCAACCUUCUCCAAAGGGUACUCAAGGAAAGGUGCAAUUCAAUUUUUCAUGAAAGAGCAUGACAAGGCAAUGGAAACUUACCAGGCUGGCUUAAAGCAUGAUCCUAAUAACCAGGAAUUGCUUGACGGUAUAAAGAGGUGUAUUGAGCAGAUCAACAAGGCUAACAGGGGUGAAAUAAGUCAGGAGGACUUGCAGGAGAAACAAAGUAAAGCUAUGCAGGAUCCAGAAAUCCAGAACAUCCUUACCGAUCCUAUCAUGCGACAGGUAUUGAUUGAUUUCCAGGAGAACCCUAGGGCUGCCCAGGAUCAUCUCAAAAACCCUGGAGUGGCGCAGAAGAUUCAAAAGCUUAUAAGCGCUGGAAUUGUUCAAAUGAGAUAAUCAAGCAAAACUAGAAGGCAGAAGCGUUUGUGACCACUUGCAAUCUUUGUGAACUUCUGAUGUACGUUAUGGGACUUGUCACCAUUUAUGAUUGGAUUUGUAGUACAGUUUGCCUUAUUCAUGGUUACCGCUGUGACAUACAAUUUUACAUGUGCAAUGCCUCAUUUUGUCAGUCCUAGCCGUUUUGGCCUUCCGAGUGGACAGCGAGAGAUGCUGUCAUAUUUUAUUUACUGUGGUCUAGCGAUAUGUUGUGAAUGGAAAAGUUCGUUCUUGAGUCC